AUGAGACUCGUAGUUCCUUUCGCGUUAUUGCUGGUUGUUUGUGCCGUGGUAAUCAGCAGCGACGACGAAGUCAGCACGGUUGGGGAGACAAUCCUAAACACAAAGGAUCUAGGGAGUGCCAAAGCUCCUGCUGCAGAGGACGCAACGGCGGCUGGUGAAGUUGUAACUACGGAGGAAGCUGAAGCGCAUCAUACAACAGCAAAAGCUGCAUGA